CACUUCAUGGAGUUGAAGUCAAGUAUGAAAUGAAGUGAAGGAGAGAGAUAAAGAAUGGUGGGGUAAAACAGAAAUUUUGAUUGAUGACUCAAAAAUAAACAAACAAAACAAACACAACAAACAUCCAUCCAUCUCAACCCCUCCAAACCCCUAACCAUCAAACUGUAUUCCCCACGCCUCAUCACCCGCGCCAUCACCAGGGCAAACACUAGAUUUUUCAGAACCAUGGCCACAUUCUCCUCCAUCAAAUAUACUCCCGCCGAGGAAACCGAGCUCAAACAAUGGACCCUCACUUCAGAGCGUCUGAAGACCUCCAGCCCUGAAACUCAAUCCCUCCUCGAUUCCCUAAACACCCAUUUAGCAUCGCGGACAACGCUUCUUGGUUCCAAGCCCUCUGCUGCCGAUAUUGCUAUUUACGAGAGUUUGGCGCCUCAGGUCGCGAAAUGGAGUAGUGAGGAGCGAACGGGGGAAAAGGGUCAUCCAAAUAUUGUGCGCCAUGUGGAUUUUGUGCAGAAUUCGCCUAUCUUUGGUUUGAAUGUUGGGGAGGAAAAGAAAGUCAAAGUUGAUCCGGAGGAGAUUUUAUAUGUAAAGCCUCCUGUUGAUGCUAAGGCCGAGAAGGAGCGUUUGAAGAAGGAGAAAGCUGCUGCUGCUGCCGCUGCAGCAGGAGGUGAACAAAAAGAAUUGGCAGAUCGAACUAAGGAGAAGGGUGAUAAGGGAGUUAUCGCACAAGUUGCUGAGAAGGUUGCAGAGGUAAAAGAUACAGUUGUUGCAGCUGUGACAGGCGAACAAGCACAACAACCCAAGCAAAAGAAGGAGAAGAAGGAGAAGGCUCCAAAACCUCAAAAGGCUCCUGCUCCAACUGCUCCUCUUUCUCCAUGUUUGAUUGAUCUCCGUGUGGGUCAUAUCUUAAAAGCUAUCAAGCAUCCAGAAGCCGACUCUCUAUUUGUCUCCACUAUUGCUAUGGGCGACAAACCCGGAACAGAUGAUACAUCUGAGUACGAAGGACAGGUUGUCCGAACAGUCUGCUCAGGUCUCAAUGGUCUCGUUCCCCUCGAAGAAAUGCAAGGUCGUAAAGUAGUAGUCGUCUGCAAUCUGAAACCCGUUAAGAUGCGCGGUAUCAAAUCAUGCGCCAUGGUCCUUGCCGCAUCUCCUAAAUUAAAAGAAGGAGAAGAAGAUCACCACGCCGGGCCAGUUGAACUUGUUACUCCACCAGCCGAAGCCAAGGCUGGUGAACGCGUCUUUUUUGAGGGCUGGAAGGGUGAGCCUGAGGGAGUUUUGAACCCAAAGAAGAAGGUUUGGGAGAUGAUCCAGCCGGGUUUCACUACAACUACCGAUUUAGAAGCUGCGUUUGAUGCGGGUGUUGUGAAGGAGUUGAGUAAAGAAGGAGAGGAUGCUAAGACUGGCGUUGGAAAAUUGGUCACUGAGAGUGGUGGUGUUUGCAAGGUUAAGUCUUUGGCUGGAGCUAUCAUUAGAUAGAUGGUACAAGUAACGCGGCGCAACUGCGAAGCGUAAAAUCGAUGGCAAGUGGAAAAUAGAUGGCUUAGGCUUAGAUGGAAGUUUCUCAGAGGGAGAAACGGAAAGUCACGUAGCUAGAAACAGACCCCGUGCAAGAUUCCAUGAACGAUCUAUAUACAUAAAUAGGUAUAGAUGAUUGAGCGUUGCCGUGCUCUAUGCUAUCAAAAUCUACUUGU